AUGGCUUCCCAUUCUGCCGAAUAUCUCAGUCAGACCAAAGGCCCAAAGAUUAUUGGUGUCUUCUGGGUAAUGGCCGGUCUUACUUUGGUGAUGGUCGUUUCGAGAUUGUAUAUUCGAGCAGGUGUGUUGCGAAAUAUGGGAUCGGAUGACUGGCUGAUUGCAGCGUCGAUGGUUAUGAGCCUAGCAUACACCUCCUUGACAACAGUAAACGUCGCAUUCGGAUACGGCCGACACGCAGAUACUCUAUCCCCCGAACGUCUCGUCAAAGUAUCUCUGGUUAACUAUAUCGACUUCACGCUGGGCAUUGUCUCUUUCUCGCUUCCCAAACUCGCAGUCGCAGCCUUGUUAAAUCGCAUCGUGAACCCGAAUUGGUGGCAGAAAGCAGCUCUAUGGAUCUUGACUGGAUUGGUCGCGCUGACAUCUGGGGUUUGCAUUAUCGUGCUGUUUACCAUGUGCGAUCCACCAGAGGCACUGUGGGAUACGUCGUUGGUUAUGCAGGGUGCGACUUGUCGGAAUGUUUGGAUUUUGAUUGAUUAUGCCAUUUUUACGGGUGCAUUCUCUGCGUUUACGGAUCUGUAUCUUGCGAUUUAUCCGAGUGUUAUUCUCUUGCGACUUAAUAUGUCUGCACGGAAGAAGAUUGCCUUGUGUUUGGCCUUGGGACUGGGUUCAAUAGCGUGUGCUAUGGCCGUUGUUAAAUGCCUUCAACUGCCUGGUCUUUCCAAUAAAACGGACCCUACUUACGCAACCGCAGAGCUCGUCAUCUGGACAUGGUAUGUGUCUCUCUGCUCCCAGAUCGAGAUCGAUUCUCGUCUAACCAUGUGGAACGGUAGUAUCGAAUCCAAUGUCGUCAUCAUGGCCUCCUGCAUACCCACCCUACACCCUCUACUUGAAAUAACCCUCGGAAGACGAUCCCUACGCUCCUGGAGCGCAAGCCGGGACAACUACAAAAACAGCAGCAGCAGCAUGCCUGGCGCAUCCUACAACCGAAGUAAACGGUCGAAUCCCCGGAAACCAGAUCUCACCAUCACCAAUGUAGGAAGCCAAGAAAACAUCCUCCGCCCGGACGAACUUGCACUGAGCCAGAUUCACCGGACGGACAACGUCACGGUGCAAUACGAAUCACGGUCGGGGGCCGCUGAGGAACGGACGUCUUGGUGA